GCGGGAAGAGGCUGCGCGCCGGUUUGACACCCGCUCUCCAAAGGCCCACAGUAACUUUAGACUGCCCCUAGUUCCAACAAAAUAAGUCUGUUUGACGGCCGAUUUACCUCUACAGCCAACACCACUAACUAAUCAGAAGCCAUGCGUUUCCUGUUUCUCAUCUACAGUGUUGUGCUGGUACCAGUUUGCUUGCAGCAAGAAAUAUCUUCCACUGACAUUCAACAGCCGACGUUCUCCCAAGAGAUACCCGUGGCCUCUGUAAACUACUGGGCUUCUCUGAACCGCAAGAAGCGCAAGAUCUACAGCCUCAAAAUAGGCAGCAGCUUAGGAUUCAAGCAAACUGCGCUGAAUGUUAUCUUUGGGAGCGGCAGGGGCACGCGGCCACCACCAGCGGCCUCCACCACGACAGAAGUGCCGCAGUUCGACCGUACACGCGUGAAACUGGAUGUCCCUGGGGACCUCGUCCUGAUUGGCUACCGUAUCACCAGCAAUAUCAGUAAGCUUAUCGGAAGCGUCUUCCUGAACACAGCGGAACGCAAACAGCAGCUGGUGGAGGCGGCGAAGCCGUUCAUCGCGGCGAAGCUGGGUCUGGACAUCAGCGCCUCCUCCUUCACCACGACUGAGCCCAUCGAGUCGCUGGUGCCGCGCGUUGGACUUCCACUGGGCGGAGAGUCCGCAGGCAGUUCUGCAACGUCGCCACAAGACAGCUCUGUUAACAGGACAGAUCGCUCCCGGUUAAGGGCACUGUAACAUGAAUUACAAUUUUGCAAUUGGAAUCGUAGCAAGUUUUCAAAUUCUCAAGGCAGUUACUACUGUUCCCUGAUUCUGUAGAAGAGAUUAAAG